AUGGAUGUGCCGGGGAGGUUCAGCCGGAAUGCCGGAGAACGAUAUAGUUCUAUGUUGGAUUAUUCGUUUCGAGACUUGGAGUCAAUUGGCGAAAUAGAGUUCUUGAAACCCCGAAAAGGUUUGAGACCGUACAAGUGCAGCGCAUCUUGUGGUCUUUACAUGUGCAACGCUUGGCGCAUGAACAACAACCGGCUGACCAACAUCAGAGGAAUAGUUUCCACAGCGUUUAACCUACUGGACCGGCCCGAACACUUGACUUGGUUGGAUUUGUCGUUCAACAAGAUCACUCACCUGACAAACGAAAUCGCCAUGUUUCCAUCGCUGAGAGUGUUGUACUUGCACAGCAAUUUGUUGGCCGAAUUCGAACUUUGUCUCCGUCAUCUCGUGCAAAUAGGAAGUCUGUACUCGUUGACGCUGCACGACAACCUGUUGGACAAAGACGUCAACUACAGGAACAAAAUAGUGUUGCGUCUCAAACAAAUCGAACUUCUUGACUUCACGCGAAUCAACGAAGAAGAGCGGAAAAGAGUACACUUCUACGGUCGUAUCCGCGGUGUGAAAAACGUCGCAUUUCAACGGAAUCACCAACUGCAUUGACCAGUUUUUUAUA